AAAGUUCAAAGUCUUGAAGCUUCUUCUCGAACUCUGAACAAGAUUCCAAAUUUUCAAGGGUGAAUGUGUUUGAUAGAAUCAAGAACAAACCUUGAAAAUGGCGCAUCUACUUUCAGCUUCAUGCCCUUCAGUUAUCUCGCUUAGCAGCAGCAAGAAUUCAGUUAAACCGUUUGGUUUAGGGCAAACCUUCUUCCAUGCUCAACUUCUUUCAAGAUCUUCUCUCAAAGGUCUUCUCUUUCAAGACAAGAAACCGAGACGAAGCUGCGUUUUCAGAGCAACUGCUGUACCUAUUACCCAACAAGCACCACCCGAAACAUCUACCGAUAACUCGUCGUCUAAACCAAAACGUGUUAUGGUCAUUGGUGGAGAUGGUUAUUGCGGUUGGGCUACUGCUCUCCACUUGUCCAAGAAGAAUUACGAAGUUUGCAUUGUUGACAACCUUGUAAGGCGUCUUUUCGACCACCAGCUUGGACUUGAAUCAUUGACUCCUAUUGCCUCCAUUCAUGACCGAAUCAGCCGAUGGAAGGCGUUGACAGGGAAAUCAAUUGAGCUUUACGUCGGGGAUAUCUGUGAUUUCGAAUUCUUAGCCGAGUCUUUCAAGUCUUUUGAGCCGGAUUCAGUUGUCCACUUCGGGGAACAGAGAUCCGCUCCUUACUCGAUGAUAGACCGGUCCAGAGCCGUCUUUACACAGCACAACAAUGUGAUUGGGACUCUCAAUGUUCUCUUUGCUAUCAAAGAGUUCGGAGAAGAAUGCCAUCUUGUUAAACUUGGGACGAUGGGUGAGUACGGAACUCCAAAUAUCGAUAUCGAGGAAGGUUAUAUAACGAUAACCCACAAUGGUAGAACUGACACUUUGCCAUACCCGAAGCAAGCUAGCUCCUUUUAUCAUCUUAGCAAAGUUCACGAUUCGCACAACAUUGCUUUUACUUGCAAGGCUUGGGGUAUUAGAGCCACUGAUCUCAACCAAGGAGUUGUUUAUGGAGUGAAGACUGAUGAGACAGAGAUGCAUGAGGAACUCCGUAACCGACUAGAUUACGAUGCUGUGUUCGGUACAGCACUUAACCGGUUCUGUGUGCAAGCCGCUGUUGGUCACCCACUUACAGUUUAUGGUAAAGGUGGUCAGACAAGAGGCUACCUCGAUAUAAGAGAUACGGUUCAGUGUGUUGAGAUUGCUAUAGCGAACCCGGCAAAAGCUGGUGAGUUCCGGGUCUUCAACCAAUUCACUGAACAGUUUUCAGUCAAUGAACUGGCUUCACUCGUCACUAAAGCGGGUUCAAAGCUUGGGCUUGACGUGAAAAAGAUGACGGUGCCUAACCCAAGAGUGGAGGCAGAAGAACAUUACUACAACGCAAAGCACACAAAGCUGAUGGAACUUGGACUUGAGCCUCACUAUCUAUCCGAGUCACUUCUUGAUUCGUUGCUCAACUUUGCUGUUCAGUUUAAAGAUCGUGUGGACACGAAACAAAUCAUGCCUAGUGUUUCUUGGAAAAAGAUUGGCGUCAAGACUAAGUCCAUGACCGCCUAAAGUGCAGAUCAAUAUUACACCUUAAGGGAGGUUAUUAAGAUUUUGUGAGAGAAUGUGUUGUUUGUUAUCUUCAAACUCCAUUUGAGCAAAAGACUUGCUAGCUUAAGAGAUCCAUUGUGCAGGUUUUUUACUAUUAGAUCGUAAUUUCGAUGAAAAUGUUAUAUUUGUUUGGAAAAGAAAAUACAUAAAGGCAU